AUGUCUCAGAAACCGAAACACAUCGUCACAGUAGGCGGUUCUUUCGCCUCCGUCAGGACAGCCCACAAGUUCCUACAAGGAAUGCAGGACAAAAAUGCAGGACCUUACAAGGUGACAAUGAUUUCACGCGAUACGCACUUCUUCUGGAAUCUUGCUGUGCCUCGCGCCAUCAUCCCAGGGACCAUCCCCGACGAUCAACUUUUCCAAGCUAUUGCGCCUGGGUUUGCCAAAUAUGGUGACAAGUUUGAGUUUAUCGCUGGUACAGCUACGGAUAUUGAUAUCAAUAAUAAACAGGUCAAGGUUUAUAAAGCAGGACAGGAGACUUAUAUCAGCUAUGAUUAUCUUCUGAUUGGCAGUGGAUCUUCGACUAAAGCUGAGUCGCCGUUCAAGUCGAGGGGCUCAACUGAUGCAACGAGGAAUUAUGUCCAUACGUAUCAGAAGCGUGUUGGAGAAGCCCAUUCUAUUAUUGUUGCUGGCGCAGGGCCGACUGGUGUUGAGGUCGCAGGCGAGUUGGCGGACUACUAUGGCAACAAGAAGGACAUCACUCUGAUCAAUGCCGGGCCAACUGUCCUCGAUAAUCGCCCCGACAGCGUCUCAAAGUCAGCACAUCGUCAACUCGAGAAGCUCGGCGUCAAAAUCAGACUCAACACCAAAGUCAAUGAGUCCAUCACUCUUCCCAAUGGAAAGCAAGAAGUUACCUUCUCAAGAGGAGAAAAAAUAGUCACAGACCUCGUCAUUCCAACAUUCGGCGUGGUCCCCAACUCAUCCUUCAUCCCACCUGAUCUUCUUGACACGCACGGAUAUAUCAAGGUCAAUCAAUAUCUCGCCAUUGAAGGCCGUGAGGAUGUUUUUGCAAUUGGUGACGUGUCUAAUGUUGAGGCACCGCAGUUUUGGUUCGUCAAUACGCAGGCUGGUCACAUGGCCAAGAAUUUGGUGCAGAUAAUGCUAGGGAAGCCAAUGAUUCCAUACAAAGCUUCGACAACUGCUUCGAAGCUUAGCAGUCAGGUUCCACCAAAUUCCCUUCUGUGUGCCAUUGCGGCUGCAGCUUUACCUGCAAUUGCUGUCGCUUCCAUCAUUCAGCAGCCAAUUGACAGCUUUGAUCAUAGUCAAGGCUAUCAAUUCGAUCCUCUUCUUCACCUCCCGGGAAUAUCGCCUUAUUUUGAUGCUGUAGGCUUUGGAUUGUCGCAUGCUGCACCUGAAGGAUGUACAGUCACAGCUGCGUCGUAUCUCAUUCGACACGCUGCGAUUUACGCGAAUGAUGCCGAGUAUGAAGAUUACAUCAAGCCUUUCUUGUACAAACUAGAGAAGCAUCGCGGUGACUUUUCAGGACCGCUUGAGUUUUUGAACAAGUGGUACUCACCAAUUGAAGAGAAUCGUCUUGAAGAUGUCACACCUUCAGGCAAGGUUGACGCGAAGAAGGUCGGGCAUCACAUUGUGAAGCGCUAUCGCCAUCUGGCGUCUUCGGUAAAGCGUGUCAUCGCGGAUACGAAGGAUAGAACCUACGACACAGCCAAGGCCUUUCUACAAGCAUUCCCCGAAGACAGAAACAUUGAAAUUACGCGCUUUGACAAGAAGGAAUUGAACAACGGCACGCGCGCUCUCCUCCCUCACAAGGCCUGCUCGAAAUUCUCCAAAGCACCAGGUACGAAGCAGCAAGAGAAGUUUGUCAACAAUUACGCAAGUGGCGUCGCGAAACGCUUACGCCCUUACACACCCGACGAUUAUGAACUUGCUCCCUACGAUGUUUUCGCACUUCAAUCAAUUUGUGGCUACGAGUCAGCCAUUCGAGGAAAGAAAUCUCCAAUUUGUGGAUUGUUUUCUGAUGCGGAAUGGCUUUCGUAUGAAUAUGCUUGGGAUAUGAAAUAUGCCCACAUGGUCGGCCCUUUCAAUCCUCUAUCGAAUUACCUCGGUUUUCCAUGGUUGAACUCACAGUCUAAGCUACUCAGCAAGAUUGACGAAAACUCUGAGUUAAUCGGUGACGAAUCAUCUGGAUGGCCUAAGGAGCAACGUUUAUUUUUCUACUUUACUCAUCGCGAAGUCCCACCGUUCGUCGCUACAGCACUCGGAAUUUUCAACUCAUCUUCCAGCGAAGGAUACGACGAAUUCCCCACUACACACGUCAAUCACGUUCGAGCUUGGAAAAUGUCCGAUCUCAUUCCAUUCUUAGGCCAUGUUGGCAUGGAGAAAAUGACGUGUGAGAGACCAGUUGCUAAAGACGGCACAUCUGAGAAGGAAGAGUUUAUCAGAUUCAUUGCGAACACUGCACCUCGACCUUUGCCUUUGUGCCAGAAUGGACCCGGGGCUAGUUGUCCCUUUAAGGAGUUCAAGAAGAUUGUUAGUGCGGGUAUGGAGAAGUAUGGGGACUUUGAUGGUGUUUGUGAGAAUACGAAAGAGAAAGAAGAUGAGCUGUAA